AUGGUCCUAAGACAUUUGGGCCAGAAAGAAGCCAAGCAGUUUGUUGCCUCUGCAGCAGCUGUGAAGCAUCAAGUUGCUUGUCUAAAAGUCUACACUGGAGAGGAACUGUUGAAGGCCUCUGCAGCAGCUGUGAAGCAUCAAGUUGCUUGUCUAAAAGUCUACACUGGAGAGGAACUGUUGAAGGUUUUAAUGAGCUUGGAUGAGCUUCUCAAUGAACAAAGGGAGAAGUUCUAUUCGAGUCUUCGUCUUUUAGUCAUUGACUCGCUCCCUGGCUGCCUUGCUCCUUCUCUUGGAAAGUCUGUUGAAGGUUGGGCCAUUAUGAACAAGAUUACAAGUAUGCUGAAGAAGUUCUCUGCACUUCAUCAUGUAUGCAUUCUUAUUACAAAUCAUCUGGUGCAUAUGAUGGAGAAAGAAGCUGAAGAGGAAUCUAGUAUGGAGAUACCAGUUACUCUGGGUCAUCCACCUAUCAAGACCAGGUGGCAGGUGAAGGCAGCUUUGGGUCGUUUCUGGCUCCAUGUUCCAUCUACUAGGCUGAUGCUCAAUCGUCCUCAAAACAAUGAAUCUGUGACUCUGACAGUUCUCAAGAGCAAUCGUGUUAAAGUGCGCGAGACUGGGCUCUGCCUCUCAGAUCAGGGCAUCACUUGAAAUCAUUGAUUGUUAACAUAACCCAGCCUAUCCAUAUUGUUCUCCAACUGGGCAUGGUAAUGACUGGCUAUUUUGAAAACUUUUAAUAUGAGAAGUAUAUACUUGACCCACUCUGUCACAAUGGUACAAAGUGAACA